UUAUACAAUUUCUCUCUUUUCUUUCAACCCAGUGUUGUGUAUAUUUACUAAUUUAUAAUGGUUGUUGAGCAGCCGAAAAAACCUCACGUUUAUGAAGAAUCAACUCAAUAUAAGCACUGGCGAUUCAGUUCCAAGCAGUUAUGGAACAUGCGUAAUGAGAACAAUAAAGAAGCCAUUACUCGCGUCCGCAGAAUUGUUCAAGAAGAACAGGACGCUAAUAAAGAAAGCAAAACAGACGAUAAAGAAUAUCUAAGUCCAAAAGAAGAAUUGGCUUUAUGCCGAUUUUACGAAAAGCAGCUUCAGUUUAUGAGUAGACAUUGCAAAUUUCCAAAUGUUGUUAUGGCGACGGCUAUUGCAUAUAUGAAACGGUUCUUCUUGAAUAAUACAGUGAUGGAUUAUCAUCCAAAAGAUAUUAGGUUGACUUGUUUAUUCCUCGCUACAAAGGCAGAAGGCGAACGUAUAAGUAUCAAAGAAUUUGGAGAAAAGUUACGACUUCCAAAUGUCAACAGUGUUUUAGACUUAGAGUUUACAGUAUCUCAAGGGCUUAAAUUUGAGUACUAUGUUCAUCAUCCAUAUAGACCAGCCUAUGGGUUUUUUUUAGAUUUGCAGCAGUCUGAAUCAGUAGAUUUAAAUACAUUGAAAGAUACGUACAGUAAAGUCGAAAAGAUCUUGGCCGACAUAAUUUUGAGUGAUUUACCAUUGAUAUAUCAGCCUUCACAGUUGGCAUUGGCAGCAUUCAUUUCGGCAGGCGAAGAAAACGGAUUUGAUCAACGUGUCAAGGAUUAUAUAACGGAUAAGUUUGGUAAUAAUGCAGCUACAUUAUUGAAUAUUAUAAACAAAAUCGUCCAUCAGAUCAAGGAAUUUAAACCAGUAACCCAAGAUGAGGCAAAGAAAAUCGAUUACAAAUUGAAAAGGUGCAAGAAUCCAGCUAUGAAUCCAGAAUCAACAAUGUAAGCAAAAAUAAUCAGGGGGGACAUUUUAUGGACAAAAAGCAUGAUGAUUAAAAUGUGUAUAUCCGUAUACCUCUUACCGUACAGAUAUAAAAAGAGAUUAGCAGAAAGAAAGGAGACUAACGAAGAAGAAAAAAGAAAAAAAGCAAAGCUGACACAAUCUUAAAGCUUUCUUCGUUUUUUCGGAUUUUCGUGCUUGAUACAAUUUCUACAGAACCAUUUUCCUUUCGGAGGUGUUUGUAAGCCUACACAUUCCAAAUGGAACCAUUCCACUUCACAAUCAGGGUUAUCGCAAGCAACCAUCUCACCGAAGGAUACUUGGUUACAGUAACAAUAAACUGGCUCAUUUGGAUCAAUAGGCAAAUCACUUAACGUAGCAGCA